CAGAGAGUCUACUUUGGUUUCUCAUUUCUGAAAGCAGCAGCAAUGGUGAAGAGUAAAUCACCCUAUGAGGAUCUAAGAUCACAGAGGAUAGAGGAAAAUAAAAAGAGGAUUGAAGAUCUCAAACUCAAUCACUUAGCAAUCAAUUUCAAGAACUCCUCUCCCAAUUCCUCACAGGUGAAACAAUCAAAACCCAGGGUUUUGGUUCAGAAAAAAUUGGAGUUUGUUCAAGUAAGAAGGUCUAAUCGUUUAUCGGAUAAACCAGCUCCAGUAUACGAAGAAGUUUUCGUUUACGAGUACGCAAGGCGAAGAUCUGUCAAUGGAUUCUCUAAACCUAGAGCUAUUCCAUUAGGCGACUUUCCUAUAGCAAGUGAAAUUGAUAGAGAAAGUGCAACAACUAAAGCAGUAAAUGUAGAAAAAGAUAUUGGGGGUGAUGGGUUUCCUUGCUUUGUAAAACCCAUGCUUCAUUCUCAUGUUAACCGUGGGUUUUGGUUGGGUCUCCCUGCUUAUUUUUGCAGGAAAUACUUGCCGAAACGCGAUGAAACAAUUACUCUUGUCGAUGAAGUUGGGGAAGAGUUCCCAACUAAUUAUCUUGCUCUGAAGAAUGGCUUAAGUGGUGGAUGGAUGUGGUUUGCACUAGCUCAUGAUCUAAUUGAUGGGGAUGCUUUAGUCUUUCAGUUAGUUGAACCUACAAAAUUCAAGAUUCGUAUAAUCCGGGCAAAUGGUUCACAGGACGAAAGAAAUGGCGAAGCGUCUUCUUAGUUGGUUUUGUCCCAUAUUCAGGGUAACUUUGUCUCUAUGUAUUAACCGGUAGUGUAACUAAUGGGUGUUGUGUAAAAGCCCUUUUGUUGACAUUAGCAGGAUAAAUGUUUGAUUCCAUGGGUUUUUGGUUGUAGUUCCAAGAGUGAAAAAACUGAUGCGUUACUUAAAUUCAAUCGAAAAUGUAAGUUAAGGCCAACUAAAUCUAUGAAUCUAUGAUGAUUGGAAAUGUAAGUUAAUCUGCA